AUGCUCCUUCCGCCGUCGAUAACCUCAACCACCGCCUCCGCCGCCGCGAAUGCUGUUUUAAACGGACUCUCACUCUGCAAAACGCUCAGCCAAAUCAAGCAACUCCAUGCGCAUAUCCUCCGUACAGUGUUCGACAACCGCCUCAACACGUUUCUCUUCAGCCUCUCCUCUUCUUCUUCCUCUAUCAGUCUCACCUACGCUCUCUCCGUCUUCUCAUCUAUCCCUUCUCCGCCGGAAUCCGUCGUGUUCAAUCCUCUUCUCCGGAAUCUCUCACGUUCCGGUGAAUUCAGAGCGACGAUCCUGUUCUACCAGAGGAUUAGACAUGUCGGUUGUCGUCUCGAUCAAUUCAGCUUCCCUCCGAUUCUUAAAUCAGCCUCUAAAGUCUCGGCCUUGUUCCAGGGUAUGGAGCUUCACGGCGUUGCGUUGAAGAUAGCCACACUCUCCGACCCGUUUGUGGAGACUGGAGUUAUGGAUAUGUACGCGUCUUGCGGUAGAAUCAUCGACGCACGCAAAGUGUUCGACGAAAUGUCUCAGAGAGAUGUCGUUACAUGGAAUACAAUGAUUGAGAGGUAUUGCCGAUUUGGUCUUGUAGAUGAAGCUUUCAAGCUUUUUGAGGAGAUGAAGGAUUCUAAUGUGAUGCCAGAUGAGAUGAUUCUCUGUAACAUUGUCUCCGCAUGUGGCCGUACCGGAAAUACAAGAUAUAACAGAGCGAUUUACGAGUUUUUGAAAGAGAAUGAUGUGAGGCUUGACACUCAUUUGCUCACUUCUCUUGUGACUAUGUAUGCUGGAGCAGGGUGUAUGGAUAUGGCAAUGGAGUUUUAUACGAAGAUGUCAGUGAGAAGCUUGUUCGUUUCCACUGCCAUGGUUUCCAGGUUUGCGAAAGCUGGGAGGCUAGAAGAAGCUCGGGAUGUGUUUGACCAAAUGGAGAAGAAAGACUUGGUGUGUUGGACGACGAUGAUUUCAGGUUAUGCUGAGAGUGAUCGUCCUCAAGAAGCUUUAAGAGUUUUCGAGGAAAUGCUUCGCUCUGGGGUGAAACCUGAUGAGAUUGCUAUGUGUAGUGUUGUAUCAGCUUGUGCGAACCUCGGUGCUCUGGAUAAAGCGAAAUGGAUUCAUGAUUACAUUGGUCUCAACGGGCUUGAAUCAUCGUUGGCGAUGAGUAAUGCUCUCAUUAACAUGUAUGCGAAGUGCGGAGGUUUGGAUGCAGCGAGAGAUGUGUUUGAGAAGAUGGAAACGAAGAAUGUUGUGUCAUGGAGCUCUAUGAUCAAUGCCUUUUCUAUUCAUGGAGAAGCUAAUGAGGCUCUUACGUUAUUCGCCCGGAUGAAACAGGAGAAUGUUGAGCCGAAUGAAGUUACUUUUGUAGGAGUGCUCUAUGGUUGUAGCCACGGAGGAUUAGUUGAAGAAGGCAAGAAGAUGUUUGCAUCAAUGACUGAUGAAUACAACAUUACUCCUAAGCUUGAGCAUUAUGGAUGCAUGGUUGAUCUCUUUGGCCGUGCUAAUCGAUUACGAGAAGCUCUUGAGGUUAUAGAAUCGAUGCCAAUGGAGCCUAAUGUUGUCAUUUGGGGGUCGUUGAUGUCAGCUUGUAGAGUCAACGGCGAGCUUGAGUUAGGUGAAGUUGCAGCCAAACACAUCCUCGAGCUGGAACCUGAUCACGACGGGGCUCUUGUGUUAAUGUCAAAUAUAUACGCGAGAGAACAGAGAUGGGACGAUGUGAGGAAGAUAAGGCUUGUGAUGGAGGAAAAGAAUGUGUUCAAGGAGAAAGGUCUUAGCAGGAUUGACUUAAACGGGAAAUCGCAUGAGUUUCUUAUUGGUGACAAGAGACAUGAACAAUCUGAUGACAUUUAUGCAAAGCUUGAAGAGGUUGUAAGUAAAUUGAAGCUUGUGGGUUAUGUUCCAGACUCUUGUAGUGUUUUGGUGGAUGUGUAG